AUGGCAAAGUCCUUUAGCUUCCUGGCAGUCCUCAUAAUGGCGGUUGUUGCCAAUGCUGAUAAGCACCGUCUGUGCGCCUGUGUCAGAGAUCAGCCUCCUGCAGGCAUGAUCAUUGACGAUGAAGCCACAAAGGCUGUUGUCAAUGGUUCUGAUGGACGAUUUGUGUAUAGUGAAGCUUGGUGGUACAUCGGACUCCACAAUGCCCCCCACGAUGGCUCAUACGUAAGCGUUCCUCCUCGAGUACCAGUACGCUACUAA